AUGAGCACACACCAGUGUUUACACAGGAUUUGGUGUGGAACAAAGCAUUUACUGGACAAGGAGACUUCUGUGACUUUGUGUAGCUUCACACUAGGGUCAAAAAUAAACACUUUCUUCUAUUUCCUGUCCUUAGACACACUGACAUCAUACAUCAAACAUACAUACCUUAGUGACCAUGGCAUCCAAGUACCACAACUGCCCCAUCUGUGGCCGCCCCUUCGCAGCUCUCUCCCCCAUCUCAAAAGGGCCCACAAGGUGGACAACGGCGAGGAGCGUCAGCUGCUGCUCAAGCUGGCAAGCAAGUGGGUGUUCUUCCGUUAUGAGCCCUGCCCCGUCUCUGGGUGCACCUACAUGUCGUCCAGGUGUGACAAACACCUGGAAAGCAGCCACCCGGAGCUCUCCAAGGAGCAGCUGCAACGGGCUGUAGACACAGCCCAGAGACGGGUGACCAUCCUCCAGCUGGCAGCCCUCAGGGCCACUGCCCCUCACCCGCCAAUGGUCAGCCAGCUGGACCAGGAGGAGGACGACUCUGACGUCUGGUCAGAGGAGGAGGCGGAAGCGCAGGCCAGCUGCCAGGGCUGCAACACCCUCCAGCGCAAGUACGAUGGUGUCAAGCAGCAGCUGGACAACCUGCGGAAGACCUUCCGCCUCUACCACCGCAGGGUCUCCAGGUUCGAGCGGAGGACUGGGAAACACUUUGUGCUACCUCCCUGUUCCGGAGGAGGUGGACGUGCGUCCAUCCCCGUCAGCCGCAGCAACGCAGAGCCCGGGAGGAAGUUCUGCUGCAGCUGGCAGACGCCCUUCCACCCAGCACGCUGGCAGACGCCCUUCCACUCAGCACGCUGUAGACGUCCUUCCUCCGUGCACGUCCGUCCACCACCGCCUGCCUUGACCUCUUCUUCUGAGACCUCCUCCCCUUCAUCGUCACCGACAACCUCCCCACCAUCACCACCACCACUCUCCCCACUCUCCCCACCAUCACCACCACCGUCCCGGCCAUCCAAGACGCCCAGGGUCUCUUGGGAAAGCGUCUCGGCAGGCGUCGGCGGACAGGCCGGCAGCGUCGCCCCGUCCUCUGGCCGGAGCGAAGGAGGGGACUCUGCUCCACCGGCCAAGAGGACCAGGAAGGUGCACCACACCGGUGGCAGCCCGUCUUCCCCGGAGGCCAACCAAGAGCCCCUGUCGCCACGGGAGUUGGCAACGACGCCUCGCCCGAGUCCCGCCUCGUUGCUGUCCGGGUUCUCGGCAGCGAUGGAUCAAUACCUUGACGACUACCGCUGCUUCCUCAAAGGGGUCCAGCACACACACAAGCAGGUGGACAACGUGGCCUCCAAAGUCAUGAGGGUCAGGAGGUUCCUGAAUUUCAUGGCGGUGGGGGCCCUUAAGGUGUGGGACUGGACCUUCCUGUCACGCACGCAGGUCAUCGUGGAGUGGGUCGGGCAUCUGAGGAAAUGUGGCAAGAAGGUGACCACCGUCACCUUCUACCUCAGGAACAUUUACUCCUUUAUGAGGUACUUCAAGGAGACGCCACCACCUCAGUGCCAGCUGAAGAGCACGCAGGUCACUGCAGUGAUGCGCACCAUCCUGCAGUGCAUCAGGCCUCUUCUCAGGGAUGUCAGCGUACAUCAGAUGAAGGUGAAGGCGGCCAAACAGUUGCGGCUCAUCCCCGCGUCCGAUCUCCGCCUCUGCUGCGAGCGCUGCCGUCAGGCCAUUCCCGGGGUGCUGGGUAAGAAUCGGUGAUGUCGGUGUUUACGCUUUGGAGGAUGUCACGAUGGGUGACAGGUUCUGUCGAGCGGAGAUGUUAAACAGAGCUCACUUGUGUUUGAUCUUCACAGAACAAGUGGAGAAGGAG